UCCCGGCGCGCCCAGGGCACCCUGGGCGCGCGCCGCUUUGAGCGCGGCGAUGGAACCGGGGCCGAGGGGGGCCGUGCAGCGCCGGUCCGACGAGCGGCGGGCGGCGCGGCAGGAGGUGAGCGACGGGGAAGCCACAGGGGAGUGCGGCGCGGCCCGGCCGAGGGGGCCGCGGCGGGAGCGGCCCGGCCCCGCCGGCGGGGCCAUGGAGCGAGCUGGCUCCUCGGCGCGGGGUCUAGACCCGGUUUCCUCGCAGAGCGGCCCCGGCGGAAGGCCAGAAUCUGAGCUCAGAGAGAAGAAAGCAGAGACCAAGCUAUUCCUAAAGCCAACUGACGUAACUACUGUCAGCAAGAAAAACGUUAGUCCUUGUGAGAAGACUGGAGGGGCUCUGAGGAAAAGAUCCCACAGAAGUCUUAGUCCCAAGAAAAGUCCUCUUGGGCCUAGUCCUGAGAGAAUAUCACCAUGCAAAAGCAGUCCCAGGAAAGACCAUACAUUAAGUUCUUUUAACUUGUCCCCAAGACCACUUACCAUCAGUCCUCAAGCCAGGCGUCGUUCUUGGCGUCGUUCAAGCCUGAAAGGGACAAAACACCGAAAGUCACUGCCUCCUUUUCACCAAGAUGUUGCUGAAUUAAGCAAAUCAAUUAGCCUAGAUCUGCCUGAGACAGACAGACUUUCCAUGCUAUUGCUGUCCAGUUUCCAGUUUUCUGCCCAAAAGCUUGAAUAUGUCUUGAAACAGACUGAUGACUUUAGCCCUGAGGCUUUCAAAGCUAAUGUGAACUCGGUUUCGGAAGAGCUGAAGCGAUAUGUGCAGAAAUUGAAACUAGAUGGAACACUAAAGAACUGUAUAGAAGAGCCUAAAGGGAUUUUAUUGGACUCUGCUUUAGACGAAUCAUUGGCCCAAAUUAAGGAGUAUAUAACCAGGUUUACUACUGAAUGUCAGUCUUGGGAUCAACUUUUACUGGGCUACCAGAAAAGUGCUGAAGAAAUGUCCAGGCACCUAGAGGAGUGCAAGACUAAUCAAGGCUAUGCAGAGCCUCAGAAUUAUCUAGGAACGUCUCAGGCGAAAGUUCUCAGCAGCAAGCCUAACUAUCAAAAAAUAUUAGAUGACCAGGGAGAAGUCUUUACCUACAUGGAGCUUGUGCUCGAUGAACUGCAGCAAGCAGUGAAGCUGCUGCAGGCUUUUGCUGAAGACGGCACGCAGUACCUCCGGGGCCUGUCAGAGAAGCUCGCCGCCAGGACCUUCCGCCAGCUGGAGAGCUCCCCGGUCCGCAGACUGCUGGGGGCUGCGCAGAGGAUGACGCCUACCGACGGCUGAGCGCGGCGGCCGCGCCGGGCCCCGGCUGCGGGGCUCCGUCGGGGGGGAAGCC